UAUACAUAAAUCAUCCCAAAUCAAGUCGAUCUUGUAACCCCGGCGCCAAGUACCCAUCACAGAUCUUGCACUUAAACCACACUGCAGUGCCUGGGGUAUGUUUCAAUCCGGCUACAUCACCGUCGCGGGGGCUAUUCCGGCUCGAGAAAUUCCAAACGUCACGCAUCAUCGUCACCGUGCCCGUUCCGCCGCGCUCGCGUGGAUGUUCCCUCGGUGCAGCUUUCGUAUAAAGGGACCCUCUGACUCCUCCUGUGUUCUCCAACAUUCCGCCAACCUCCCAUGGAGUCCUACCAGUCCCAUCUUACGGUACUUGAGCAGAGUGCCGCGCUCUACCCCUCCGCUUUGGCCUUCAGAGUGCCCGUAUCGGAUCCAAUGACUAGGAGAGUGCACGAUUGGCUACCAAUAUCCUAUCGGCAGUUCAAGGAAGAUGUCGAAGUCACUGCACGCUACUGGUGUGGCGUCCUCCGUACUCAGGGCAUCCCCCAUCGUUCGGUGAUUGGACUAUGGCUCUCUGGCAUGGAUUACCAGGAUGUUCUUCACAUUUAUGGUAUCUCCAGGGCCGGCUAUGUGCCCCAAUUGUUCAGCAUCCGACUACCAAAUCCUGACGUUGUCCACGAAUUACUCUGUGAAGCAAACGCCAGGGCUUUGAUAUUUGCUUCCGAAUUUGCGGCAUUGACCGCUUCUUUCUCCCUUCCCGUGCACCCUGCUGUGCACAAGACCAACAUGAGCGAUGACUUGGUGUUCAUUUUCCAUACUAGCGGAUCUACGUCUGGACGCCCGAAACUCGUGCCAUGCAACCAGCGGUGGUUGCACAGCAUCGUGGAUAAAGCUAGAUUCACAACCGCCCCGCAAGAUCCACAACGCCAGGACGUAACCGUGUCCAUUGGAAGCAUGUGUCACAUCGGACAAAACUUUAUGCUGAUCGGUUCACUCCAACACGGAACUUGCACGGUUCAAACAACCAGACCGGGGUUCUCAUCAGAAGAGCUCCUAGAUAUGAUCCAGCGUUGUGGACUCAAUCGCUUGAACCAAUUUUCAACCUUCUUAUCUACCCACCUUCGCAAUUCACGGCAGAAUCCGAAAUUGCUGCACGCCCUUCAGCAUUUAGACGAGGUCCUUUACAGUGGUUUGCCCCUGGAUCGAGAUGACGAAGACUGGGCAUACAAAAACGGGCUGAAGAUGAAGAACCUUUUUGGCAGCACGGAAUGUGGAGCUACGCUACUUUCCGUUGGUGGCACAAGCCGAAAUGCUCGAUUCCUGCGCCCCUUGCCCGGUACCUCAUACGGGUUUGUUCCCAUCGACCGUGAUCACGGUGCUGAGGGCACCCACCAAUCCUCUGUCCAAUUCCUGGAACUCGUCGUCCUUGCUGGCUCCAGUGAUUGCCCCGAUUUGUCUCUACGGGGCAACGAUGGUCAUUUUCACACUGGUGACUUGUUCCAAGAGACGACACCUGGGAUGUACGUCUUUCGCGGGCGUAACGAUGAUUGGAUCAAAAGCGAGAACAGUCUCCGUUGUGAUACUAAAGCCAUAGAAGAUAAUGUCCGCAGUACCUGCGGUGAUUUGAUCGGAGAGUGCAUUGUUGUCGGGACGGGCAGGCCGUCUCCAGCCCUGUUCAUCGAACCUGCACCAGGGGUCGAUCACGAGAGACUACAGAGGGAAGUCCUUCGGAAGACACGUGCCUUCCACUCAAGGCGCUACCUUCACGAACGCAUCACACGCAAAGAGCUCAUCAUCAUUGUCCCGCCCAAGUCCCUUCCUAGAACGUCGACGAAGGGCAAUGUUAGACGGAAAGCGGUGGAAGAAUUCCACAAGGCACGGCUGGACGAAAUUUAUGCAUCCCUUGAUUAAGAUCAUGGACGACCUAAUAUUUGGUAUAAUUAUUAGUUUUACCUUAAUUCUUUCAUUGCAAGCAGCACUUUUGCAUUUCCGCGGGAACAUUUUACAUACCCUAGUAAUGGCCGUAAUGUGCCUGUUGUCCUGUAUCCAUCAGUCGCAUGUAUCAUAUAACACAGUAAAAUACAGUAUUCUUAACACAUCCCUUUCAGGGGUCUGCUUACAACUUCUGUGUGAGAUCGUCACCAGUGAUCAAGAAUUCGAAGGGUCUGCUUCCCUGAGCUAACGAAGAUGCUAUCGAGCCAACCACACUGUGCCC